AUGAUCCCAGGCUGGAUUGUUGAGCACCAAAAAUCGACAUAUUUGGUAUACCGGUGGCGUACCGAAAAGGCCCUUGAUUGGGGCCCAGGUGGUGGACCCGAUUUGAUUAUCGAUGAUGGUGGUGAUGCUACUUUUCUUAUCCAUGAGGGGAUUACGGCGCAUCCUCAAUCACGACACGAAGUCGUGCAACCGCGUGGCAGCAAAUCAGUGGCCCUAUUCAGUUCCAGCAGACCGCGCUUACGAAGAUUUGGACCAGAUCGGCUUUUGAGAAGCUGGACUCCAUUUAUGGGUCAUUUGAGAAGCCAUUGGAGAAGAAUGGGGGCUUUGGAACAGAAGGAAAUGGUAUUUAGCAUGGGGAGUUUGUCAAGGAUGAUAAAGGUUGUGUUAGAUAUUUUUGUCUACAUUAUUAUAUUAUAUUAUAUUAUUUACGACAAAAAAAUAAAAAGGACUCUGUAUAUGUUUCCUGGAAACUAACGAAUGAAAAAUGGGUCUUCUGGGUUGUGGUGGUC